AUGGAUGUUGAAAAUAAAAUCAAAGACAAUACAAUGAAAUCAUCAAAUAAUGAAAACCUGCAAACAACGCAAAUUACAAAUCCUACAACAUUAAUUUCAUCAAAACAAAAUAAACAAAAACAAAUGCUUAAAAAACAAUUUAAACUUGUUAAAAAUAAACAAGUUAGAGCAGUACCAGGCAUAACAUAUCAAACGAAAUCUAUUGAAAAUUUCUUAAAUUUAUUUUUAUUUUUCAGGUGGUUAUUACACCGGUCUCAUUAA